AUGAGUAGCCGUACUCCGGGCAGUACUUCGAGGACGCCUUACCGUCCCGAGCGACCAUCCCCACUCGCUGAAUCUUCAACCGAUGACACCGAUGGUUAUGAUGCCGAUACCUCCCCUGAAGACCGAAACGUAGCGAGCAGUAGCAAUAGGAUGCCGACAGACAAAGUAAUCAGCACGGGUAAUAGGUUGAGGCAUGUGACGGCGGGUGGAAACAGCGAUCAGGAUCGAUAUCGAAAUCUAUCACCAUUGGACCAGAGGCGAAGGGUCGGUAUAGCGAAUACUUCCACGACGCACUCACAUGAAGAUGGCCCCUUCACACCCUCGAACCAAACUACCCCUACUCCAGCUGGACGUCGAGAACAGCAGCCAGUCAACCUCCUUUCGUCUAUGACACCGGGUAUCACGAACGGUCAGCGCCAACGGAUGGAAGCACAACAACGACAAGAAGAGAAUUCGGGACUUGCCAUGCUGCAGAACGCCUUCAUUCAAUUGCAAAGUCGGGUCGCAGUUUUGGAGAGCGACUGCUCGCAGUAUCGGAAAAGGAUUCAGUCGCUGGAGCAGGAGAAAGCAGAGAGGGAUCAGCGAAUUGCCGCCGGAGAGAGAAGUGACGAUGAGCUCACGGCGGAGAAGCGUGGGGUGGCAAGGAUGGUCAAGAACGCAGUGAAGGUGCUGUACGGGGAAACAAAGGUCACUGUCAGCCAUACGGGAGACGACAACGAAGAUGAUGACGACGAGGAUGCAGACGAUGGGGAGAUGAGAUGGAAUUACCUGGAGUCCAGCACGAGCAAGCAUAAUCACAAACAGAACCAGAAGGUUAUCAGCCUCCUCCAGAAUCAACGCGAGUCCAUCCCCAUGCCUGCCGACAUACCGAGAAACACCGUCCCGCUUUACACGGAUGCCUUGGAUCUGUUUCAUGACGCGAUUCAACAGCACUUCCGUCAGAACCAAGCGGCUUACAAGAAGAUUGCUAUCAAGGAAUGGGGGACCGAAGGUGGCCCCCGCGAGCAACUGCUCGCCGAGAUCGAGAGACAGAAGGCUGAAAUCGAGGCCGGAGGAGGGGAUGAUGAUCAGCUAGCCAUCCUGAAUGACACUCUGAAGAAGAACGAUGCCGCAUUCGCCAAGCAGAGCAAAGACAAGCCGAACGUCAGAUCGAAACUCACUGCUGCCGUUGAACGCAUGGAGGCUCGACGUGCCAAGACCAGCUAUCGUGCUGAUGAAUACGAAGGCCUAGAGUCAGUUUACUGGAUCCCGCCGCCGUACGCUGAGAUUGUAGAUGGGGAGUACAAGUGGUACCAUUCCGACUGGGAAGGGACGUACUCGCAACAGUUCAUUGAUAUGCACAAACUGGUCUGGGAUGUGAAGUUGCUCCCUCAAGGUCGUCGCAAGCCGACCGCCAACGGUCCAGUCAUCGACCCGUCUCCUCCCGGACCCCGUCGCAAGGUUCAGCUUUACUUGCCGUCCUCCGCUCCCUGGCUCCAUGAAUGUCCGCAACGCUGGCAGUUCCGACCAGAAUGGCUGGCCGAUGAAGCGAACGCCGACAUCGUGGAGAGCCGAAUCGUGCCGGUAGAUCAGCCGACCUCCUAUGCCGAUGUUCAGCGUCUGGAGUGGUACUUGCAGCAUCCGUGGAAGACUUUGAAGGGGAAAGGAGCGAAAGGGAAAGGGAAAAAGGCGGCGACCGAAAAGGCGGCGAACAACAAGCGAGCGAGAUCCGAGUCGACUCAAGCCGCGACGACUGAUAGCGAAGCGCCGAGUGGUCAGGCCGUCGCAUCCGCCAGCUCGUCCUCUUCCGCCUUGAUCAAUCGCGGACGAUCAGCGCAGCCAGCAAACAAGACGAUCAAGAAGGCCAAAUUUACUCACGAUCCUUCGGCCAAUGAGGGAAGGGAGGAUUCUGAGCCGAUCGACAGCGGCAUGUCGUCCCCCUUCGAGCAGAUGUCUCAAUUCAGGCCGGACCAGUCGAGUACCGACAGGAUGAUGAUGGGGAUGAAUAGCCAGAUGAUGGGAACGAACAAUCCGAUGAUGGGAGGAGGUGCUGGAGGGAUGGAUAGUCAGCCAACCGCUCGGCUCAGUGACAUCCAAGGUGGACCGAUGCAGUUUACCGGCAACCAACCGAUGUUCUCCGGGAUGCAACCUAUGUCCGGCAACGUCUUCGGUGGAGGUGGAUUUGACCAUCAGUUCAUGAUGCAGCAGAUGGGAUACGUCCCGCAAGCUCGCCAACCCGGUCACUCACAACAACAACAACAACAAUACAAUGCGAUGUACGGGCAACAGCAGCCGCCGAGCCAGCAGCAAAACUUCAGCAUGAACCAGAACGGCGGGUAUCUCAGCGGACAGCAGCGUACAGGAAAUUGA